UUGUUGUGUUGUCAUAGUAGCUGUGCUCACGUUUUGGCGUUCCUCGUAGUCGCGGGCUUCACAUGCGCGCAGUAGCCUGACAACAGCAGCCGAAGCAGCAGGAGGGAAUGGGGAGAGAGGGGCACAGCAGCGUUUAACAAGACACUCUUCAACACAACACGACCAAUAAAACCCUUCAACGCCGAGUAUUGAAAGAAUACUGUCUCAGGCCCCUCCCCCGUCUGCAACAUUAAGGAUAACUCGAGAGGAAAAAGUAUGAGCUGAUUUUAAGAGCUCUGAUGAUGAUGCCCAGAAUAAGUACGGCUCGGUCACACAGCAAAGCGGGAAACAUACAAGCUUGAGCAUUAGAAGGCCAUGAUGCAAUGAGAUAAACACUGGAUGACUGGAGGUCCCCUGCUUAACAGUCUCUAAGCAUGGCUGGCCUACAGCUGGUGACCCCUGCCUCCUCACCCAUGGGGCCCUUCUUCGGUCUCCCGUGGCAACAGGAAGCUAUCCAUGACAACAUAUACACACCAAGGAAAUAUCAGGUUGAACUUCUUGAAGCAGCUCUUGAACACAAUACUAUUGUCUGCUUAAAUACUGGCUCAGGGAAGACCUUUAUCGCAGUACUCCUAAUCAAAGAACUCUCCCACCAAAUCCGUGGAGAGGAUGGGAAGAGAACAGUUUUCCUGGUGAAUGCAGAAUCAUCUGUGGUUCAGCAAGCAUCUACUGUAAGAACCCACUCUGAGCUCCAGGUGGGCGACUACAUGUCAGAGGACAUGACAUCUUGGCCCGAGGAGAUGUGGAACAGAGAGAUGAUGGAGAAUCAGGUCCUGGUCAUGACUUGCCACAUCUUCCUCCAUGUGUUAAAAAAUGGAGUCUUGCCACUAUCAAAAAUCAACCUGCUGGUUUUUGACGAAUGCCACCUUGCAAUCACAGACCAUCCUUAUCGGGAAAUAAUGAAGAUUUGUGAGGGUUGCCCAGGCUGUCCUCGCAUUUUUGGUCUGACUGCUUCCAUUUUAAAUGGCAAAUGUGACCCUUGUGAUCUGGAGGAGAAGAUUCAGAACCUGGAGAAGAUUUUGCAGAGCAAUGCAGAAACUGCCACUGAUCUUGUGGUGCUGGAUAGGUAUGCGUCCCAGCCUCGUGAGGUGGUGCUGGACUGUGGGCUGUACCGGGAUCAGAGUGGGCUCUCUGAGAGGCUUUUAAAUGAGCUGGAUGAAGCCCUUAAUUUUCUUAAUGACUGCAACUUAUCUGCUCAUAGAGAAGAUAGAGAUCCCACAUUUAUCUCCAAACAGGUGCUGAAUGACUGCCGAGCCGUGUUGACUGUGCUGGGCCCUUGGUGCGCUGAUAAAGCUGCGGGAAUCAUGGUCCGGGAGCUGCAGAAAUAUAUCAAACACGAACAGGAAGAGCUGAACCGCAAGUUCCUGUUGUUCACAGACACCAUUCUGAGAAAAAUCCAUGCCUUAUGUGAGGAGCAUUUCUCCCCAGCUUCCUUAGACCUGAAGUUUGUCACUCCCAAGGUCAUCAAACUUCUGGAGAUUCUCCACGAGUACAAGCCAUUCGAACGGCAGCAGUUUGAGAGUGUGGAGUGGUACAAUAAUCGCAAUCAGGACAAUUAUGUUUCUUGGAGCGAUUCUGAGGACGAGGAUGAGGAUGAAGAGGCAGAGGCAAAGGAAAAGCCUGAAGCUAAUUUUCCGUCGCCUUUUACCAACAUCCUCUGUGGAAUAGUCUUUGUGGAAAGGCGAUAUACUGCAGUUGUUUUAAACAGACUUAUCAAGGAGGCAGGGAAGCAGGACCCAGAGCUGGCCUACAUCAGUAGCAACUUCAUCACAGGCCACAGCAUUGGCAAGAACCAGCCUCGCAACAAACAAAUGGAGGUGGAGUUCAGAAAACAAGAGGAGGUCCUGAGGAAGUUCAGAGCCCAUGAAACCAACUUGCUCAUUGCAACCAGCAUUGUGGAAGAAGGCGUUGAUAUUCCAAAGUGCAAUUUGGUCGUUCGGUUCGACCUGCCGACAGAGUACCGGUCAUACGUGCAAUCCAAAGGUCGCGCCCGGGCUCCAGUCUCCAAUUACAUCAUGCUAGCUGACAGCGAACGGACAAAACCAUUUGAGGAAGACCUCAAGACCUACAAGGCCAUAGAGAAGAUCCUUCGAAAUAAGUGCUCGAAGUCAGCAGAAUGCAGUGAUUUUGAACUGGAGCCAGUGACCGAUGAUGACAACGUUCUACCACCGUACGUCCUGCGCUCAGAGGACGGCGGCCCCCGUGUCACGAUUAACACCGCAAUUGGACACAUCAACAGAUAUUGUGCUCGCUUGCCCAGUGAUCCGUUCACUCAUCUUGCUCCAAAGUGUAAAACCGUGGAGCUUAAGACUGGAGGUUAUAAGUCCACACUCUUCCUACCCAUUAACUCACCACUCAGAGUUCCUGUCACCGGGCCAACAAUGAAUUGUGCAAGACUUGCUGAGAAAGCUGUUGCUCUUCUCUGUUGUGAAAAGCUGCACAAAAUUGGUGAACUGGAUGAUCAUUUGAUGCCAGUGGGAAAGGAAACUGUGAAGUAUGAGGAGGAGCUGGACCUUCAUGAUGAGGAGGAGACGAACGUACCAGGAAGACCAGGCUCCACCAAACGGAGACAGUGUUAUCCAAAAGCCAUACCAGAGUGUCUGCGGGGUUGUUACCCUGUGCCAGAACAGCCUUGCUACCUUUACGUCAUAGGGAUGGUCCUCACCACCCCUCUUCCUGAUGAGCUCAACUUCCGGCGGAGGAAGCUGUACCCACCGGAGGACACAACCCGAUGUUUCGGCAUUCUGACAGCUAAACCAAUACCUCGGAUCCCUCACUUCCCUGUGUAUACACGUUCUGGUGAGGUGACUAUUUCGAUUGAGCUGCAGAAGUCGGGUUUCACUCUGAGUGUGGGGCAGCUGGAGCUGAUCACACGUUUGCACCAGUACAUCUUCUCCCACAUCCUCCGUCUUGAAAAGCCAGCACUAGAGUUUAAGCCCAUAGAGGCAGAUUCUGCCUACUGCAUUCUACCUCUCAACAUUGUUGAGGAUUCCAACACGUUGGACCUGGAUUUCAAGUUCAUGGAGGAUAUUGAAAAGUCUGAAGCACGCAUUGGCAUUCCAAAUACUCAGUACACCAAGCAAAACCCAUUCAUUUUCAAAUUGGAGGACUACCAGGAUGCUGUCAUCAUUCCAAGGUAUCGUAAUUUUGACCAGCCACAUCGGUUCUAUGUGGCUGACGUUUACACAGACCUCACCCCACUCAGUAAAUUCCCCUCUCCAGAGUACGAGACUUUCGCUGAGUACUACAAAACCAAGUACAACCUGGACCUGUCUAAUGUUAACCAGCCCCUACUGGAUGUGGACCACACAUCUUCAAGAUUGAAUCUUUUAACGCCCCGGCACCUUAAUCAAAAGGGGAAAGCCCUUCCUCUCAGUAGUGCGGAGAAGAGAAAGGCCAAGUGGGAAAGCCUACAAAACAAACAGAUUUUAGUUCCGGAGCUUUGUGCCAUUCACCCCAUCCCAGCCUCUUUAUGGAGGAAAGCCGUCUGCCUUCCCAGCAUUCUCUACAGACUUCACUGCCUUCUGACGGCCGAAGAGCUGCGGUCUCAGACAGCCAUUGACGCUGGUGUUGGAGCUCAGACCCUACCUCCUGAUUUCAGGUAUCCAAAUUUGGAUUUCGGGUGGAAGAAAUCCAUCGACAGCAAGUCUUUCAUUUCCUGCCCCAGUGCAUGUAUGGAAGACGACGAUCACUGUAAACACGACACAAGCUCAGAUUCAGACCACACUGCCCAGGAGGGCUGCAGUACAGAGAGCUCCCAGCCUCCAGAGGGCGCUCUCCCCUGUGAGAACUGCAACACACCAGAUGAAAUGCUAGAAACCCACAUGCUCGCUGUGACUGAUCUCCAGAUGCCGAACAAAGACAAGAGUGACUGUGUCUUUUCCUGUAACCUCCUCAACGGCACUCGGAGCAACAGCGACAACCUUCCACACAGACGUGACAUUUGCCAAUGCUCUCAGCUGGGCCCUCUGGAGAGUGACCUAUCAACACAAACCACUACCUCAGUUCCUGUGAGGCCCUCUCCAGCCGGCGAGCCACAGCCCCAGCCCAGCGAUGAAUGUACCCCAGGCAGGAACUCAGAUCUCUGUGACAGACAUGUGAAAAAACCUACCUCAAACUGUUGCCCCAAACCAGAGAUGGCAACCAGCACCACAGCACCUUCAGAAGUGUCAUCAGAAGUCUCUUACGUGACAUCUACAUCAACCUGCACAGGUCCAGCCUGGGAUUCUCCCAAAACCUUGGGCCCCAACCCCGGCCUCAUCUUGCAGGCCCUGACUCUCUCCAACGCCAGUGAUGGCUUCAAUCUGGAGAGGUUGGAGAUGUUGGGCGACUCUUUCCUGAAACACGGCAUCACCACCUACCUGUUCUGCACUUACCCUGACGCCCACGAGGGCAGGCUGUCAUACAUGAGAAGCAAGAAGGUCAGCAACUGUAACCUUUAUCGCCUGGGGAAGAAAAAGGGCCUUCCCAGUCGAAUGGUGGUGUCCAUAUUUGAUCCCCCAGUAAACUGGCUUCCCCCGGGCUAUGUUGUGAAUCAGGACAAAAGCAGCACAGACAAGUGGGACUCAGAUGAGAAUAAAGAUUUGGCCAACGGAAAAGCCAGUGAUAAUGAGGAGGAGGACGACGACGAUGAGGCAGAGGAUGUAGAGGUCGAGCCGUCUAAAGAAGAGGUCAACGUGGAAGAUGAGCUUGAGUACUACUAUGAGCACAUCAGAUUCAUCGAUAACAUGCUUAUUGGCUCCGGCGCCUUUGGGAAGAAAAUCUCCCUCCAGCCGGCUGAGCCCGGCUCCGAAUGGAAAGCCCCCAAAAAAGCCCACAAUUCUCACUUUUCCCCAGACAGUGGUGCUGACGAGUUCGAUUACAGUUCCUGGGACGCCAUGUGCUACCUGGACCCCAGCAAAGCUGGCGAGGAGGAUGACUUUGUGGUGGGCUUCUGGAACCCCUCAGAGGAAAACUGUGGCACGGAUAUUGGGAAACAGUCCAUCUCCUAUGAUCUUCACACCGAGCAGUGCAUCGCCGAUAAGAGCAUAGCCGACUGUGUGGAGGCGCUGCUGGGGUGCUACCUCACCAGCUGUGGGGAGAGGGCGGCCCAGCUGUUCCUGUGCUCCCUCGGCCUGAAGGUGCUCCCGCCGGAGAAGCAGAGUUCAGGGGGGUCGGCCAAGCUGCAGUACGGCUGGCUGAAGAUCCCUCCGCGCUGCAUGUUUGACCACCCGGAUGCUGAGCGGACCCUCAACCACCUCAUCUCUGGCUUUGAGAACUUCGAGAAGAAGAUAAACUACACGUUUCAAAACAAGGCAUAUCUUCUGCAGGCUUUCACUCACGCCUCGUAUCAUUACAACACCAUCACAGAUUGUUAUCAGCGGUUGGAGUUCCUCGGUGAUGCAAUUUUAGACUACCUCAUAACAAAGCACCUUUAUGAAGAUCCCCGGCAGCACUCCCCAGGCGUGCUGACCGACCUGCGCUCUGCACUUGUCAACAACACCAUAUUUGCUUCCCUGGCUGUCAAGUACGAUUACCACAAGUACUUCAAAGCGGUCUCGCCCGAACUGUUCCACGUGAUCGAUGAUUUUGUGCAAUUUCAGCUAGAGAAGAAUGAAAUGCAAGGAAUGGAUUCGGAGCUUCGCCGAUCAGAGGAAGACGAGGAGAAGGAGGAAGACAUUGAGGUCCCCAAAGCAAUGGGAGACAUCUUUGAAUCGCUAGCUGGUGCAAUUUACAUGGAUAGCGGGAUGUCACUUGAGACAGUUUGGCAAGUGUAUUAUCCAAUGAUGAGGCCACUAAUAGAAAAAUUCUCCGCUAAUGUCCCUCGAUCCCCAGUGCGAGAGCUCUUGGAGAUGGAACCGGAGACAGCUAAGUUCAGCCCUGCGGAGAGAACCUACGAUGGAAAAGUACGGGUGACGGUGGAAGUGGUGGGCAAAGGCAAGUUCAAAGGCGUGGGACGCAGCUACCGGAUAGCCAAGUCAGCGGCCGCCCGCCGAGCCCUCCGCAGUCUCAAAGCCAAUCAACCUCAGGUCCAAAACAACUGAGCUUCAGACAGCAGACACCCCAACGCACCAGUCAAAAACACAGCAGAACCCUCUCGGCACCAGUUUACGACCGAGGGAAGAAUCGUGGCCGACUGUGUUCUCACUGGGGUUGUCAAACUCAAAUGAAUUGAGUCAAAAGAUUUCGGCGUAAUUCACGUAGGGUUCAUAUUUCAUUUUAUUCUUUACGUGCGCAAACACAAUCUUUUUUUUUCCCCCAGCUUUGUUUGAUCACGAGUGCUUUUUUUGUAUUGCAAGUGUUAAGAAAAAGGUCAGCCCCCCCCCCAUUUUUAUUAACAUUAAAAAAGUUAUAUGCUCUGCUUUGUGGUAGUGGUUAAACAAAAAAAGCUUAUUGGUAGUAUUACAGUGUACAUAGUUUAAACUCCAAGGCAUCAACUAAAUAAGAAAAAAAAAACAGUGACAUCCAAACACGAAAUUCCUCAGUCUGUGCACUAGUGCCUGUUUAGCUGCCGUUUGGCAUGAAAGGCACAUGGAAAGAAAGAUGGUGUUGAUGUGAAAUGUUUUUCUCUAUUUUAAGAUGAUAUAUUCUCAGUCGAAAUUGCACUUCUCUAGGGUCCGCUUUAUUUCAACGAGAAUAAAUCGUUUAGAUCUGUAUUGAAUUGAGAGAGAAAUGCCCUCGCAUCCUUAAGAUGGAUAGGAAUUUGACAUUCCUGAUUACUGUAAUCAACAUACUUGUAAACGGCACUUGAGGAUGUGUAUGUUCGUGUAGCCAACCGGAUGGGUUGUAUAGACGUCAUAGAACUAUGUUAUAUAAAAACAAAAACAAAAAUGAGAUUAAAUGUUUAUUAUGGCAUAUUCGUUGAUACUUGGGUUUCAGUAAUGUAUUUUGAUACUGAUAUUGAUGAUAUUUAGUUGUCUUUAUGAAUAUUAGAUAUCUCCAUAGACUGACUUGACUGACUUAGUUUUGAUAUGACACGAACGAUAAACACAUCACCUGGGAAAAUAUGCUGCAGAUUUUAUAUUAAAAAAACGGAAAGAGAAAAAUAGGAUCGGAUAAUUCUGUAAGACACAAAGCACCUUUACGUACCGUCUUUAGGACAAACCGAUAUUUCGCUAGAUGACUUCAUGUGCAUCGCUUACCAAAGUCGAUACUGAUGCAGCGUUGUACCUGUUAAAUCAAUCCCUCAACAUUCACACGUUUGGAGAUGUGGUAACCAGCCUUUAUUUUAGUGUAAAUGUGUUGUAGCCUCUUGUCAAGCCUAAAUGUUUUCAUUUUAAUAGGCAUUCUUCACUUGAAUACCUCAGUUAAUUGCAUGCAUUUUUUUUUUUUUUUUUUUUGGUGCUAUGUUUAAGCUUGAAUUUCUCAUCUUUUUGCACUGUAACUGUAUUACCUCUUAAUUUUACUUUUUGAACUCCAUUGGGUUGAUUUUCUGUUCUGUCAGCUUGUCAAGCUGUAGAAAUUGUUUCCCCAUUUGUUAUUCUUUUGGUUUUUAUGCUUGAAGGGGAAAUGCUGAGAAAAAGAAAAAACUAAACAGAAACGUUCUCCGCACAUAACCUUGAUGCCUCUCAUGAGCUCGGAUUUUGCUUCACAUGAAAAUAAUUGUGCAUCUGACCAGAAGGGUUACUUAACACUUGAGAAAAUCGAUAGAUUGCACUCUGAUACGUUCUUAUAAGCCAUGCAUCUCUCCUUUGUCUCUUACCAACUCUAAUUACGUUUUUUUGUUUUUUUUUUUCAAAGAGACUGACACCAUUAUCAGUCGUUACCCCGGAAAUAAGGAUGCAAAUUUUAUGAUGUACAUUUUGACAUCUUAAAGGCUACCUAACUUCCCCCUCCUUGUUCUGUCUAUACUUCAGUUAUGUUACGGACAAACUAUUCCUGAAGUUACAUAAUCCCAGGCAUUGCUACCUCAGAAGACCCUUGCGAAUAGUUUGGCGUUAUCAUACAAGAUUAAUAUAUUUGUGGAUAUGCCUUUUUACAAAUCCUAAUGGCAUUGAGGCACAGUAUUGUAUAUGUUAGUCAGCACCUUACAUUGGGAUACAUAUAUAUUCUCAUGACUAUUUGCACUAGAAAACAUUCCCACUGACAUUAUAUUUGCAUUUUUGUUUAAUGGAGUUUGCUCUAAAGUGGUGCCUUUCAAUCCUGUAACAAUGAUGAAACAUCUAAACUCUCUCAUUCUUUGCUACUGUAGCAGUUCUUUGCAUUAUGGUUUGCAUAUGUUUAAGGACUUUUGGUGCCAUGCUUCAUACUGGAUAUUGCCUUUCAGUUUUAGUUUGUUGUGGCAUGAAAGUUUAGCAUUUUCCUGCUUCUGUAUCUCAUAGGCUGUUAAAACUAAGUUCUAGCCUGAUAUAGCCAAGAUUUCAGGAACGAUUUGGGCUCCAACUGAUGUACGCCUGAUCUUGAGAGUGAGUGCAAUCUGGUUCCAUUUUAGCAAGAGUUGAGUGACCCUCUUUACAUGAUCUCAGUCACACCCCCAGAGCUGAGUAUUGAAAGUCAUUGGAAAUUAAUGGGUUUCCGUAUUCCCUCAACCAAUGGCGUGAGUUUGUGUAUCAGGGUCAAUGUGUGCCGGCCCUGCAUUAUGACACUGUUUCUGUAACACGUAACCCUCAGACUAUUGCAUCCUUUUGUUUGUUUGUGUGUUUCUUUUUUUUUUUUUCUAGCUUGUAAUGUUUUUUUUGUUUUUGUUUUUUUGAGCCUCUGAAAGGCGCACACUUUAUUCCUUCACGUUCUGUUUAAGCUUUCUUCUUUCUCACCGUUGGUUUUUGACUUUCAGAGAAUGUGAAAUCACACAUAUGGUGCCACCGCAUGGAUAUGGAGAUUUUUUAUUUUUUUUCUCACUACCAAUAAUCGAUCAUCAUGCCAGAGCUAGUCCCACAGAACAGAUAUCAUUUUAUAAAAAAAAAGGACAGAAUUGGAGUCUUUCACCAUCUGUGGGAGUGUUUUCUUAAAGUGGUCCUCCAUCGUAUCAUAUGCUGCAGAUUGUAUUUUCCUUCAUGGUGGAGAAUAAUUUUUGUGUGUUGUUUUCUGUUUUCUUUUUAAACAUGUAGCACAAAUAAGCAUUGCACUCGGGCGCCAUACUUUACCUCAUGUCAGAACGAUAAAAAAAAAAAAUACAAAACCUGUAUAUAUGAUGCCGUAACGUUUAAAGGAAUAACUUGUGGUUUUGGCCUUGCUGCUGUUUGCAUCGCUGGUAUUUUACCAAUGUAUUUAAAAGUGAUCGGAGAGAUACAAUGUGCCUGCAGGAUAUCAUCAGAGAAAAUACACUGUAGAAAAGUAGUUUCGAAUCUCUACAAUCUGGGGCUAAAUAUGUGUCCUAUGUGUACAUUCAUGUCCUGCCUUAAUGUAAUACUUUGAAUAUGGAAUAGUAAUGUAACCCAUCAAGUCCUUCGACUGGCAUGAUUUUUAAUAUGUUGGGAUGGCAGUGUCCCUCAUCCAGCACCCUCUUCCCAUCCAUAUCAGUUAUUGAUUAUAGAAAUCCAGAUGUAUUAGUGCAUGUCAGUGAAAACUUUCCCUGUCACCCACCUUGUAUUUCCUUUUUUAGACUAAAUGCAUUAUAUAGAUCUGAUUAAAUCAGCCCUACAAUUUAUUUAAAAGGGCUUUAUUUCAUAGCUAAGUGUCAUACUUUUUUUUUUCUAAGGAAAAAUGCCUGAUUUAAAGUCAAAUGCACUCUUAGCAGCAGCAAGGUGUUCAAUGACAACAUAGUGGGACUGAAAUGAGUGACAAGCUCCUCUUGAAGGGGUUUAUGGGAAUGUUGAGCACCGUAGAGCACUAACAGGAUGGGGAUUUUAAAUGGGGAAUUAUGGGCCACAAACUGCAGCGCAAUUUCUGUAUUUUUAAGGGACGUGUAUUUAAGUGACUAUUUCUCAUCAUACUGUAUCAGUGCUGCAGUGGUUUCCAUUCUGCACCUUAUGGAUCACAAAAACCUUUAGAAAUUCUGUUUCCCCCUCUUUUUUGAGUAAUUGUAGCUGAGUAUAUCUACAAUAAAGUUAUGGUAUGGUCAUUAA